CACAGGGGACUCGCUGCUCUCACAGGUCUUUUCCAACCCAGCUGACCCAGCGCUCCUGUGACCAGCGCCUACAAGACACAGCCCUGCGAGUAAGAAAGCCACGGCCAAGGAGGGCACAGGCCGGGCCAUGACCGCCUCACCCGCACCGCACCCCGACCUCCAUCGCCCCGCGCCCCUCACAGCCCCGGCCCCAUCCCCGGCACGGCCCCGCCCCUCGCGCCGUGACGCGCCGCGGCGGGGCGGAAGUGAGGGCGGCGGCGGCGGAAGUGGCUGCGCGCGCGUCGGGGGCUCAAGAUGAAUUCCAGAGGCACUACUUCUCUGUUGAAGGAUAGUAUCUCAUUUACAGAAGUUUCAGCUUCAGGGCUAUUUGAAGGUCAUGAUCUUCUGCGCAGAGGCUUUACAAGUGUGAAAAAUGAAUUGUUGCCCAGCCACCCACUGGAGCUGACAGAAAAGAAUUUCCAGUUAAAUCAAGAUAAAACAAACUUUGCCACACUGAGAAACAUCCAAGGAAUCCAUGCACCUUUAAAGCUGCAGAUGGAAUUCAGAGCAGUGAAACAGGUCCAGCGUCUACCAUUUCUUCACAGCUCAAACAUAGCAAUGGAUAUUUUGAGGGGAAAUGAUGAAUGCAUUGGUUUUGAGGAUAUCCUUAAUGAUCCUUCCCAGAGUGAGGUUAUGGGAGAACCACACAUCAUGAUGGAGCACAAGCUUGGUUUAUUGUAACAAAAUAUACAUCACAAAAAUGUUUUGUGUGUGUCUUUCUGGCGCAGAUCUAAGUACAUGGUACUAAAUUGACACUCACAGUGUUAAGCAGACCUAGUUAUCACUUGCCUUCCUUAAUGAAAAGGCACAUUAAAUGUUUCAAGUCUCUAAAUUGUUCUGUGCUUGUUAUCAAUCAUACAAAUGUCCUGUAACUAAGUAGUUUAAAUAAUGCCUUUUCAUAAACUGCUCAGGACAAUAGCUUCUUAAAUAUGGAAAUGCUAUAUAUGUAUACAAGAAAUUCAAAAAUACCCAGGCAUUUUAAAACUGACUACUGUGGUAAAUGCAUUUAAUGGGGGACGAGGAAGGUAUUUUCUGUUGCAUAACUCUUUGUUCAUGAAAAUUUCCAUACACUUUUUAAACUAUUGAAUAAAAGUUUGCUAUAAAUGCUGUUGCGUUCAAAAAUAUAUUUAAUCCUAAAUCAAGAAUCUCUUAUCCAUGACCCAGUGUUGUCCCUUUUAUUGCAAUAUAUUUAAAGGUCUUUAACUUCGGCAUUGCAAGUUACUUACAUUGUAUCUUUCUCUUGACACCUAUUUGAGUGAGCUCUUAAGGUUUUGUGAAGAAUUGCAAAUAUUACUGUAAGAAUGGGGUUGAAAGUCUAGAUUUUUUCAUGUGUGUCCCUGAGAAGGUAUUUUGGUUUCUGAAAGUAGAAGCAAGUUCCAUUUGGGGUUUAAAGAGAUGUUUUAAAAUCUGUUUGAACAUAAUCCAAAAGAGCACUCCCAGGUCUAGGUAUUUUAGUAUUAAGAAAGAAUGCAGAAUUAUGAAAGUACCUAAUAAAGCUGCUGCAGUAAGAACAUGAAGAUAUGGUGAUACAAAUACAAAAAAAAAUAUUUCUGGGUUUACAAAAAUCAGAUCUUAAUUAAGGAAGAAUGAGAGAUUUGUAUUUAAAUACACCUUUUAAAGGAGCAGACAACUGGAAGGGUUUUUGUGUGCUAAAUGGUUUUAUUUAUUAAAUUCAGGGUUGUAACAACUAUUUCUGGUGUCAUAUGUGUAUAUGUUGUAUCAAUCUUACAAGGCAGCUAAUACAAUGUGGCAUAUCAGGAAAAAAAGUCUGGUUCAAAAAAUGUUAUCUAUUGUCAGAUAUGAAGAACUUGAAACAGUAUUUCUAAAACAGGAACUGUCUUUAUUCAGCAGGUUUUAAUGACUUGGUUAAAUGUAAAUAGUGUUCUGUUGUAGAUAAUUUUAGCAGGAAUGUUGCUAUAACCGACUUUCCACAACUGCAGACAUUCCUCGUGCUUUUCAGUGGGCUUAUAGCUACUACAAAUUCCCUAUCCAUAUGGGCUAAAGCCUCUAGCUUUUGUCCUGUAAGUUUUAUAGUGCUUUUAUGUGCAAAACAUGCAGCAUUUGGAAACAUUAGGAUGAUAGUAUGACUUGCUUUAGUGGUGGUCUUUGGUUUUAUAUUUGAACUUGUUUCAUUUAAGAAGUAAAGCUUCUAAAAUUUUCUUCACCUGAGACUUGUAGAGAUUAGAGGCUUGUGCUAUGCAGUACAAGCUGUUUAAUUUGUUGGGUUUUUUUUUUCCUUAGGGAGGUUAAACAGAGGACCAAUAAAUUGAACAUGCAAGUGUAGACUUACAUUUUGUUUUCUACAGCUGUCUUCACCCUUCUGUGAGCUGAUAGUCUUUAUUAAAUAUCAGUUGGCUGCUGUUUUAUAAUUGACAAGUUCCUCUGCAGUUUUGUGUGAAGCAAAAACUAAACUGUUGUUAUAAAGCAAGCUUGGGGUUCAGUAGGCUUUGUACUGCUCAAGGCUCAGGCCAGAAAAGCUGAGGGAUUACAUUGCCAGGUCUGGGAUAGGUUAAAGGUACUGGAGUGGAUUUUUAUGAGGUCUGCAAUCUUACCAGCACUGUUCAAGAAAACAGGGAGCCAUCCAACAAUCAGACACAGUUACUGGUACCUUCCAGCUCCCCACUUCAGUGUAUUGAGCUGGUUGGCCUUUCCUAAUGUUUGUUGGCUGAAAAUGGAUACUGUUGCAUCUGAGCUAAACUACAUUAAGACAAGUAAUUUACUAGAGUUUCUCGUUUGUACAGUGUAAAACCAGAAGCAGAUUAGGAUGCUGCAUGCAAUUUCUAGGUGGUUUUGUUCAGUGAUUAGUACACUUUGUAAUAAUCUUGGGUGAAAUCAAGCCAUAUGCAGAGCCAGGAAGUUGCAUUGUUCAUUAUGUCUGUAAGGAGGCUAAUCCUAGGGGUUACCCAGGCUAGAAAGCAAAUAGUUUGUGUAAGAGGCCCAUGUGAGAAUUUAUGCUGUUAGUAGAGAAAUGCAAAUCAAGCAGGACUGAGGCGAAAAGCUUUUGAGGUAAAAAGGAAGGGUUAAAUUUUCUGAGUGCUGCAGGGGGCUGGCUGUGGACUUCCUGCCCCAGCCCAUUCUUCCCAUUUUAUACAAGCCUCAUUUUGUAAAGCAGGUGCUGCGUGGAGUAACCCACAGUGGCAGCUGAGUGGGGUGUGCUGGGCACUGGAGCUGGGACAGAUCUGGCCUGGGUAGGGGAGAAAAGCCCUUCCAGCUCUGCUGCUCUGGCAGGUGCAGCACAAGCCCCCACCAUGGCUUCUUGCAGGUGGCAGUGCUGUCCCUACUCCAUAACUCCCCACCUCCUCUUGGUGCUGAUGUUCUGGGCAACAUCCUUUCCCCAGGCACAGAAGGGAAGCAAAAAAAAAACUGCUCUGCUGUUUGUUAUGACCAUAAAGAAUAGAUGAUACCAUAGUGCUGCUCUGGUUUACACCAAUACCCUCUUAUCAGUCAUGCCACUUGUCAAAACAAAAUGUAAAAGCACAAGAACUACACAUGCAACAGAGUUUAAAAAACCAAACUUUAUUAUUAUUAUUAUGUCAAAAUAAUUUGUAUUUUUUACACAAAAAAAAUUAUUACAAACUUAGAAGACUUUGUUUUAAUAAUCUGAUGUGUAUUAGUACUUGGUUCCUCAGCUUGCACUGUGCAAGGCAUUUUAAAAACAGUUCAUAUCCUCCAUGUAUUUUAACUUAAUUUUAUAGCCAGUUCUAAAUGCUCCAUCUACCAGAAAUACUUUGCAAACAGCACACUUUGUGCAGUUAAAUCAUAACAAAGCCAUUCCUGAGGUGUACAUGCUUGUCCUCAGACUGACACAGCACCACUGUGGAAGUGGCUCACUUCAUUGUAAGCUUCUGAGUGCUAGAAGAGGUGUGCACUGAAGAGGAGCAAGUGAAGGUACACGUUCCUUCUGCAUUUGCUUUUUUAUUUCCAGGCAGUUUUGUGUGAAAUAGUUAAUUUCAUAAAGCCUUACAUAACUGCAUAAUGAAGAGGCAAGGAAGACAAUGUAAUGUUUGUGCUGAAAUCCUUUACAUCAGUGUUUUUUUAAUCUCUCUACAAGUACUCAUUAUGUUUUGGACCCACUGGUUAUUGUAGAACUCGGCUCAUGUUUCCAACAAGUUGGCAGUAGCUUGGGCACCUCAAAGGCAUUAGGCAGUUUUAUUUUCUGGCUCUUGUCUAAACUACUGAGAGAAAGCUAAUGAUCUUUAAUUGCCAACAUCAGUCUUGUGAGUUCAGCACAGAAGUGUGAGAGCUGGCUAGAGGUGUUAGCACAUUCCCUCUGGCCUGGAUAAAUGGCUCUGUGAUGAGCAGAUAGUGGUCUCCUGAAUACUGUAAGUGCUUUCUUUAACUUACUUGAACCUUCUUCCAGCCUUCUCUGUGAUCACGAUAUGUAACUUGGAAAGAAUGCAGUCAUUCAGUUAUAAAUGAUCUAUAAAAGUAUCAUCAUGAUUUGGUAUUACUGUUUUUUGGUGGAGUACCACUGAGUAGUUCUGCAGGAGUCUCUGAUCAUAGGAUGGGUAUCAGUGGCUCUAAGUAGCUCAUUGAUUAUACAGCACUUGCUAUGUCUGCAUUUUUAUCCUAUGCUGUGUGCAUGUGAAGUCAUUGUAGUUGCUUUCCUAGAGGUUUCAUUCUCUAAAUGGCUAUCACUUUACAUUGUUUUGCUUUUUCUACUUAAUCUGUUUUGGGGGAAAAGAGUCACAAUUUUGAGAGAUCAGAACAGUAUUGGCUGUCAAACUCUUAACAAAAUAAACACAUGGGAGUGGUCCUUAAGAUGGUGCUAUAUUCACAUUUCUGCUGUGCUCUGCAGAACCUAAUACUCAGGAUAACUUAUACUUAAAGAUUUUAAGGGAGAAGGUGAGGAAUCAGUGCUUAAACUGAUUCCAAGCUUGGCAGUCUCAUGUCACUUGUCCUUUCUGUUAAUUUCUCUUUAUGCAACAGAGGAUAGUAUCUAUUAUGGAAGAAUGUUUUGAAUAGCAUAUGUAAAAUGCUUUGAAGAUUAGAAGUGCUGUUCAAGUGCUCAUAAAUUAUGCUGCAUUCGUGGCAAGAUGAUUAGAUUCAUGAUUCUGAUUUCGUCACCUCAUUUCAUGGUUGUUAAAAAAAUAAAGAUCUACAGAUAAGAAAUGCUAUCACAGCUGUUCACUAAAAUAAACAUUUAAGCCAAGUACCGACUUAAGUAGAAAACAAGUAUCUCUGGGACAAAACAGAGAUGUCUGUAUGCAGUCCUUAAUAUAGGGAAAAUGAUAAAUGUGCAAUAUGGCCUCUGCAAAAUGUAGGUUUAGGCUGAACUUCACACUCUGCAAGAUGAAAAUUUCCUGACAGUUCUGUGUGAAAAUCCAUUUCAAGAACUAAGUCACAGGCAAGGUCCACACAUCUUAUGUUAAACUUACACAAACACUCUGCUAGCUGCAGAACAAUAAGUGUACUUAUGGCAGGUGUAAGUACUGCCUCCAGUCUG